CCCCAGCUACGGUGCAACGAUCCCAAAAUGGCGCCGCGAACGACUCCAGCAGACGCCAUCCUGCCAAUGACGAAUGAUUGCAUGCAACAAAUCGUGCGAGGAGAAAAGACCUACGAAUUUCGACGCUACCUCAUCUCACCGUCCAUCAAACGCAUCUGGUUCUACCUCAACGCGCCCCUCUCACACGUUGGCUACAUCUGCGAGAUCGAGAGUGCGCGUACACGGAACCCCGGGGACGAACCACUCCCCGAAGACGGGCUUGGGAACAAGGAGUACAACUCGCACCAUAAGGACCGCGAUAGGUACGAUUUUGCAUACCGGGUGAAGGGCGUUUGGAGGAUUCGGGAGCCUAUCACUCUGGCUGUGAUGAAGGAGAAGUUUGGGAUCAAGAUAGCACCUAGAGGGUUGAUCUACGUUCCUCCGAAGAUGGCGCUUGAGGUACCUUGGGAAGACCAAGAACGCGUCAUGUUGCCUUCAAGUGUCUCCGAUGAACUUGAUGAACAAGCAGAGGGAAAUCCCAAAUAUGCGACGCGACUCUUGAAGUCAAAGCGCAAGCGAAGCCCGAUGCACUCAGAAGAGCAGCCUAAGCGAAAGUUUCGAGCCAACCACUGGAAGCGUCGGAUAUACCUUAGCUAUACUCCAGGCAACUCAGUCAAUUAUUGGUGA